AUGGGAAGCUGUUUCUCGAGCUCUACUAAAUCAACGGCUGAGAUCGCUCCUUUUGAUCUCGUCGUCAAACCACCGUCCGUCGUAGCCUCAUCCACCGCCGCACCAACUCGCGUUUCAGCCCAACGACUCCCGACCCCUCCGGCGACGGCGACGGCGACGGCUACCUCCGCCGCGACAGUGAGACUGUACGGGCCGAGUAACAGUCUGGUGACUUCUUACCUCCGUUUCGCUCUUCUCCACAAGGGAGUUUCUCUCCGAUUCGUUCCAUCGGAAGACCAAAAGCCGACGAUCCAGGUCGGAUCGGAGACGGUGACGGGAUCUCAGGAAGUUCUUCUCCGUUACAUCGAGGAUAAGUUUCCUGAGCCGAGGCUGAUGAUUUGGAAGUUUAAUCUAGAAGGUUUCGACGAAGCGACUCCAUUGAUAGUGAGGACGAUUUGGCUUCAACACAGGAGCAUGUUGUGGCACAUUGAGAGGAUGGUGAGAUGGUCGGAGGAUCUAGCGGCUCGUGGUGGCAAAAGAGCGGUGGAUCCGUCGGUGGGUACACCGAAGAUGGAGAUUAGGAAGUUUGCGAGGAGCUAUACACAGUUACAAGAGGUUAUGGUUGAACAUGCUCAAAUGGAAGAGAGAAUCCUUUUCCCUGUUCUUGAAUCUGUUGAUCGAGGGAUGUGUAAAAGUGCAAAUGAAGAACAUGGGAGAGAAUUACCAAUGAUGAAUGGAAUCAAAGAAGAUAUCAAAUCCAUUGGAGUUUUGGACUCUGGAAUUUGUUCAGAAGCACUUUAUAGUCUUGCUUCUCGUUUCAUAUCAUUGAAGGUGAUGUGUAAAGCACAUUUUGAAGAGGAAGAGAAAGAUUUAUUGCCAAUGGUGGAAGCUGCAGAAAUGGGGAAAGAGAAGCAGAAGAAAUUAUUGAAUCAAAGCUUAGAAGUUAUGAGAGAGACUCAUUCGCGUACGUUUGAUUUCCUACUUGAAGGACUCACUCCUCAAGAAGCUAUGCAGUAUCUUGAUUUGCUCAUGAAAUUUGGUGAUCAAGAUCUUAUCUCAUCUUUUCUCACCUCCUCAAACAUUGUUGACUGA